AUGAGGUUCACACUGACCUUCCUCAUCGUCUUAAUAGCUCUGGCGUUCCCUUGUAUCAGGCCACAGACGCUCGGCGAAAGUGUUGUUGCAGGCAAUGAAGACGGAGCGGCUUGGCAAACUGACACGCUUGGAGACAGCGUCGUUGCGGGCAAUGAAGACGGAGCUGCUUGGCAAACUGACAGCAUUGCGGAGAGUACUGCUGCCAGUUCGACGGACGACGUGACGGACGAUGAUCCGCUGGCCGAUGACGAUGCAGUGAACGACGUCUCUUCGACAGAAGCUUCGGGUGUGGGGACGGUCUCAUCUCCGGAUGAUCUGGUGAUAGGUGAUGCCAACAGCACCAAUGACGAUGGCAGUACUGAUGAUGAGGUUGAGGAUGGCACUCCUAGCCAGAGUACGGAUGCUGCCGGGAGCGGAAGCAGUGGAGCAUCUCGCUCUCUUUUUGCUGCUAGUGCUACUCUCGUUGCUGUGGCUAUUGCAGCCAUGCUCUAG